GUCCAGGAGAGCAGGAGAGUCCAGCAGAGUCCACAGACUGCUCACUGCUUCACCAGAUUUCAUUCAGUCUUACAGCUGAGAUUUAUCGACACCAUGGCUUCAUCUGGUAAUGAUACCAUAGAGACUGCAGCCCUGGGAAGACCAUUCCAGCUGGGCAUGCUUUAUGACUGCCGGAAGGAUGCUCUUCUUCCAGGUGUAACCUUAUGGGAUCAAGACCAGCUACAAAAGAACACAAGUGUGCGACAACAGAAUGACACUGAAUUGAUUGUCUCCACAUCAGAUUCGAUUGAGGAGAAGUCAACUUCAUUAAAGAUCUCUGGUUCUCUUAGAUUGAGUCUUUUGGGAGGACUGGUGAAUGUGGGAGGAUCAGCAAAAUAUUUCCAAGACAUAAAGAAAUCUCACAAACAAGGCCGGGUGACUCUUCAGUACAAAACAACAACAAAGUUUGAAACAUUGACCAUGUCUGACUUGGCUAAUGGACAGGUAUCUCAUCCUAAUGUGUUUGAGGAUGACACUGCCACUCAUGUCGUCACAGCCAUCUUGUACGGAGCUGGUGCUUACUUUGUGUUUGACAGAGAAUCAUCAGAGGAAGAUAAGAAUCAAGUGGAGAGGGAGGUGAACCUCACGUUUAAAAAGUUGAAAUUUCUCACAGUAAAUGCUGAGGCAUCACUCCACAUGGAUGAAAAAGAGAAAGCAGCAGUUGAAAAAUUUAGCUGCUCAGUUCAUGGAGACUUCAAGUUACCUUCCAACCUGACGUCCUUCAAUGAGGCUGUGAGAGUUUACAAAAGCCUCCCUAACAUGCUGGGAGGGAAUGGCGAACAUGCUGUUCCACUCAGGGUGUGGCUGUACCCUCUGGUGAAGUUGGAUUCAAGAGCAUCAAGACUCCAAAGAGACAUCAGCAAUCCUCUCAUCACACGCUCAUCAGAAGCAAUCGAGAGUUUGAACCAGACAGAGAUGAGAUGCAGGGACACAUUGAAAGACACGGCAGCAACAACAUUUCCUGCCAUGGAAAAGCAGGUUGAGGAUUUGAUGCAGAUGUGCAGUCAGUAUAAGCUUGACUUCAUAAAGAAGCUCGGGUCAGUACUCCCUUCAAUCCGAGGGGGUGGGAAAGAGGAGAGUUUCCUGGAGGACAUCCUUGCUGCACACGACAAGUCGCCAUUCAAUAGCAAAGACCUGGAUGAGUGGCUAAAAACCAAGGAGAAGGAAUCAAUUACACUGAAAUCCUUCAUGAAGCAACUGGAGAAAUUAGGUGUAAAAAUGGACGACAGUUUGGAUGACCUCUUGUUUGAUCCUGAUGUCACAAAUGUUGUGUGCUUUUCAUUUCCAUCUGUAGACCAACAUGAUAGCUUCCUGGUCAAAAUGUCAAAUCAUCUGAAACCAGCAGGAGUGAAGGACACUCCUGGAGAAUCCUCUGAUCUUCAGGUGCGAAACAUAAACUGGCUCUCCAAUGAUACCAGACAGACAAUGAGGAAACAACUCCAAGUGUUUAAAGAACUGAAGAAAUUGAACAACAGUGAUGACACCAAAUUCAUAGCUGCAUCAAAAUAUGAUGGAAGUCAUCCUGAGGCAUGUAUUUUCAUAUAUGAAGAUGGGUCUAAUGAUGCUGUCUGCUUUGUUCCUCCAUCAAAACCUGCCACCCCAACAACUACUCCUGUUUCAUGUAACAGCUUAACAGUAAGAGUGUCUGAACCAGACUCAGCCACUGUGGAGUACAGAGUAGAAUACAGAGUUAAACAGAAACAGGACACUGAAUGGGCAUCUCACCCAUUGGAGAAGAAUCAAGACACAGUAACUCUGUCAGGACUCAAGUCAGACAUUGAGUACGAGUUCAGAACCACAGCUGUGGGCAAACUCAGCUAUACUGUCAGCAGCGAUGUCUGCAGUGCUGUAAUCCUCACAACAGCUGGUCCCCCAACUCAGGUAAAACAAACUGAAGUGAAAACAAGCUCUAUCACUCUGACAUGGAGCAUCCCAUCUGUUCAACAGUGUGAAUCCGUUAAAGGUUACAUCAUUGAGUUCAAGGAGGACAACAGCAAUCAAUGGCAGAGCAAAGAGACCGAGACAGAAGUGUACACAUUCACUCUGAACGAUCUUAAAAAGAAUACGGUCUACUCCAUCAGGAUGCGCACAGAUGUUGGUGUUGGAGUAAGUCUGCCUGGUGAAGAAUUCAAGAUUAAAACUAAGAAACAACAAGUAGAUAAAAAGGAGUUGACUUUGGUCCCAGGUGAUCCACCAGUCUACCUGCUUAAUUUGAAACCAGCAGGAGAUGGUCAGCUCAACAAACAGGUUUUUGGACAGGCACCAACCACUAAACCAGCAAACAAAACCAUCAUGGUUGUUGGUGCCACUGGAUCUGGCAAGACCACCCUCAUCAACGGCAUGAUCAACUACAUUCUUGGCGUUGACUGGGAGGACAACUGCAGAUUUAAACUGAUAAAUGAAGAAACUAAUAAAACGCAAGCGUGCAGUCAGACCUCAGAGGUGACAGCUUAUCAGAUUUAUCACACAGAUGGUUUCCAAGUUCCUUACUCCCUCACAAUCAUCGACACUCCAGGGUUUGGCGACACAAGAGGAAUCAAAAAAGACAAAGAAAUCACAGACAAAAUCAGAGAGUUUUUCUCCCUCGAGGGUGGAAUUGAUAGCAUUGAUGCAGUGUGCUUUGUAGUACAGUCUGCUUUAGCUCGUCUGACACACACACAGAAAUACAUCUUUGAUGCCAUCCUCUCCAUUUUUGGGAAGGACAUUGCCAACAACAUCAUUGCUCUGAUCACCUUCGCUGAUGGCAAAUCACCCCCCGUCCUGGAGGCAAUCAAAGCUGCCGAGAUUCCAUGUGCUACAAACACAGAUGAGUCUAUUCUCCAUUUCAAAUUCAACAACUCUGUGCUUUUUGCCAAAAAUACAGGAGCCAAGGACGAUCAGGACAACUUUGAUCACAUGUUCUGGAAAAUGGGGAAAGCCAGCAUGAAGACAUUCUUCACUCAUCUAACCAGCAUGAAACCCCAAAGUCUGACCCUGACAAAGGAGGUUCUUGAAGAGCGCAAACAGCUUGAGGCGAUUGUUGUAGGGGUGCAGCCAAUGAUACGAAAAGGUUUGUCUAAACUGGAGGAAAUAAACACCACAAAAGCUGCACUCCAAAACCACGAGACCCACAUGAAGGAGAAUGAGGACUUUGAAUAUGAAGUAGAGGUUGAGAAAUCUGAGAGGAUUGAUAUUCCUCCAAGAACCUUCAUCACCAACUGCCACGGGUGCAACUAUACCUGCCAUUAUCCUUGUGGCAUACCAAACGAUAAUCGGAAAAUAUUGUGUGAUGCAAUGAAUAAUGGAAAAUGCCAAGUAUGUCCAGGAAAAUGUGUAUGGAGUGACCAUUUCAACAUGACGUACCGAUGGGACAUAAAACGUGUAAAAGAGAAGAGGACAUAUCAGGAACUGAAGAAGAAAUAUGAGGCUGCGAUGGGAGAAAAGAUGGACUCAGAAAAAAUGAUUAAACGACUGGAAGAGGAAUAUGAGCAGGUGCAGGGGGCAGUUGUAGAAAUGAUGGAAACGCUAACCAAAUCCCUGCAACGUCUGAGAGAUAUUGCCCUUCGUCCAGAUCCUUUGUCUACUCCAGAUUACAUCGAUCUCCUGAUACAGACAGAGGAACAUGAGGCCAAAGAUGGAUUUAAGCAGCGUAUUGAAGAGUUACGGAGUGUAAGAGAGCGGGCAGUUUUAUUGACAAAGUUGGCAGAGGGAGGGCAUCUAACUGGACAAGAAAAGUCAAAACUGAAGAAGAUGAAGUCCAAUGUCAAGGGGAUAUUCAAUGAUAUAUGCAAAUGGUUUCAAAAUAUCCUCUGAUACCAGAGCAUGUGCAACAACCAACAGCACAAAAAGUUCAUCGCUGUGUCUUAUCACAUGCCUGUUUUAUUCUGACUUGGAUUCAUUUGUUGAUGUGAAGAUAAAUAUAAAGCACAGCAAUGAAACAUUCCUGAUGAUAAAGAUGUAAGUCAUAUUCUUUUUCCGCUUCAUCUUUACAUUUUUAGGUUUUAAGGGUCCAACAUAAUAGUUUUUGAUUCAUUAACUGGAAGAUAGGUUCAUGCAUUCUCUGUCAUAAACCAAAAAAGUUUAAUUACACUUAUAAUUGUAUGUUGUUUUUUUUUUUUAAAUGUAUAAGAUAAUGAACCUGAUGUUCAUGUGUUUUUGGUCCUCUCUCGUUAAAUGAUAUAUAUCAGGUCUGAAUAUAUCAUCCCUAAAGUAGGAAAGCUGUUGUAGGAUAGAUGGCUUGGUGCGAAGGAUCAUCAUUGCUUCCCUCAUUUAACCCAGAUAUUCUUCAAAUCAGUUUUAUGUAUUCAUUAUAUGGUUGUAAUUAUGUUGAUGAUAAAUCAUGAUUCAGUCAUAUUGAACAGUUUUUGUGGUCAUGAUACUUCUUACUAUUUUGCUCUAACUUACUUCAAACUUUUCCUGCCUAUCAAACGUCUUAUUGUGUCAUUGUACACUUGUCUCAGUAUCAUUCUUAAUUUUGAUUUUGUUUCCUUUAAUUUUCUUACUUCAAUAAUUUUAUGUAAAUUGUAUAAAGUCUGUUGGUGAAUCUACAUCAAAUCAAAGCAGCUUCUGUUGAACUGUACCAUUCCCACUACGUGUUUUAUACAGCUAGCAUGUUAACGUAGAUAAAGAGCCAACCAAACAAAGAACAGGAAAGACUUAAAAUGUCUCAUAACUAGCAUCGUACAUAGUCUUGUCCAAUAUGAAGUAAAUCUGUGCUUCACACUGCUUGUUGACUGCUGAGGGUUUCCUAUCCCACAAUGCACAGCAUGUCUCUUGCAAUGUUUCAAAAUAAAAAUCCAUCAUGAAUUCAAGACACAUCAAUGUGAUACUGUGCUUGGAUCUGGAUAAUUUAUUCCAGCAUGAAUUAUAUUAAAUUUCAACAAACAAAGUGCAUUAACCUUCUUCUACUGACUUAAAUCAGAUGGCAGAAAAUGAACCUCUUUGUGGAUUCUGGUGUAAUUUUACGACAUGCAGAUGCUUAUAGAAAUCUAGAGUCAAAGUGAAUAUUAAUGUUCUGCUGUGUUCUUUAUUGUCUUUUACUUUGUGCACAUGUGAGUUCAGUGUUGAGUUGUCACUGCUUGACAAACUGUAAUCAUUAUGCCAAAUAAAAAUGAUUGUGUGCUACA